AUGGAUUCCGCCUGGGGCGACCUGCCGGAAGAGCUGCUGCUGUCGGUUCUGCGGUUCCUGCCGCUGGAGGACCUCGCCAGUGAAGCCGUUGCAGCAGCGGCGCCGGCGGCAGGUGGAAUAGCGUGGCCCUCCGGCAGCGGCUACAAGCGGAAGCCAGAGGCGGGCGAGCGGCCCUCUGCAGCUGCUGCUGUGACUUCCGAUGGCGUCGGCAUUGACUGGCGGGAGCGGUUCAAGGCCCAGUUUGUGGAGCAGGGCCGGCGGCAGCGGCUCAGGCGGCAGGCGCGCCGGCUCAAGGCUGACAGCGCGCUGGCGGUGGUGCGGCAGGAGGUGCACCGGCUGGAGGCGGCACUGGCCAGGGAGCAGCGGGAGCUGCCGCUGCUGCAGGCGCAGCUGGUAGCAGUGCAGCGGGCCAGGCAGCAGGCCUCGGCCGCCGUGCUGUCCCAGCGAUACUGGCUGCCGGUGGCGGUGCAGCAGGCGCACGGUGUGGUGACAGGCCAAACCCCGCAAGAUGCCGAGGGGCGGGAGGCCGAGCUGCGGCAGCAUGUGGUGGUGGCGGAGCUCGAGCUGCGCAAGCUGGGGCGGCAGCUGGCGGCCAAGCGGGCGUGGGAGGCGGAGGCUCGGCGCAGGCUGGCGGCGCUGCAGCCCUGA